UCAUCACGCAGUUGCAUGCUAACCGUCUCAAUCGCACUCGAAGACCGUCACUUACCCCGAUCGUUACUCACGCUCUUUGCUUCCAUCGUCGGAUCUAGUUGUGCUUUCCCCUAAGCUGCCUGUUCUUCGCACUGAGCAGUUGUGUUGGCGGAUAAUCUGUCCGACGUUCUGAAACCUUGCCGUCGCCCCGGCCUGCUCAGCCACCAAGAUUGUACAACGCCAGCGAACACGAAGGCGGAAUCGACGGACGUAGAGGGGCGCCAAAUACAACAAUAUGGGGAUGCGAGACCUCCGCUUGCAAGUACACAGAUAACCGCAGCCCAAAGAGCACACCUUCACGCACAUGUCGAGGCGUAACCCUCCCUUCGGGGGAUCGUCUCAGACCCCCGGCCAUGACAACCUUCUCCUUGAUCUCGAUGAUUCGCAACCUUACUACUCCUCCGGCUCACGACCUACCGCAACGGAUGAAGAAUUGGCUCGCAGCGGGAGAUAUUUUAUGAACGACUCGGCUACAGCGGAGCCGUUGCAAUCACGUCCGUCUGUUUCCUACGAUGAUUUUGUCGGCAGUAGCUCGCAUGAAUCGCAGGCUAGACCUGGCAUAGUUCCAAAUAUGCCAUCAUUUGGUGACAGCAGCAACGAUCCAUACGCAUCGUCUGGAAGCGGCAGACAGUAUUCACAGACUUCGGAUUUGCAUAAUUGGCAGAGAUAUGCCGACAAUGACGAUUACGACGAUGACCGAUCAGCGGCAGGCGGAGGAUACUAUGCUACUGGCGGUAUAGAUGAACAUGUUCAUUCAGACUCCAAAAUACGAAGUGCGCAGAGUAGAAAUAGCAUCCUGAGCCUGGGGGGCGGCUUGAUGGGCAGAGCAAAACAUAUGCUGGGCAUGGGUCCGGAAUAUUCAGAGAUGGAUUUGCCUUUAACAGAAGCUGGAGCUGGCGCUUCUCGUGCAGCUACUGUAGAAGAGCCUCCAAAGUCUAAAAAGGAUAGACUUGGCGACUUCAGGUUUGGUUUCGGUAAAAAGGUCGAUCCAUCGACUCUAGGACCGCGCAUUAUCCACCUCAACAACCCUCCAGCGAAUGCUGCGAACAAGUACGUGGAUAACCAUAUUUCGACAACCAAGUACAACAUUAUCACGUUCUUGCCGAAGUUCCUUUACCAGGAGUUCUCCAAGUACGCAAACAUAUUCUUCCUAUUCACCGCCAUACUACAACAAAUUCCAAACAUAUCGCCCACCAACCGUUUCACGACAAUCAUUCCUCUCGGGAUCGUUUUAUUGGUCUCUGCAAUAAAAGAGUUAGUCGAGGAUUCUCGGCGACGAUCGUCCGAUAGCCAACUGAACAACUCACGAGCACGGGUUCUGCGAGGCUCAACAUUCCAGGAAUCUUCAUGGAUCAGGGUAGCGGUCGGCGACAUUGUGCGUGUGGAAUCAGAAGAACCCAUUCCAGCAGAUUUGAUACUCUUGGCAAGCUCCGAGCCGGAAGGUUUGUGUUAUAUCGAGACAGCUAAUUUGGACGGCGAAACAAAUCUCAAAAUCAAGCAAGCCAUUCCUGAGACUGCCCAUCUCGUUAGUCAUAGUGAGCUAAGCAGAUUGGGGGGUAGAAUACGUUCCGAGCAACCAAAUAGCAGCCUUUACACAUAUGAAGGAACACUGACCAUGCAAGCUGGAGGUGGCGAGAAAGAGCUUCCACUGAACCCUGACCAGCUACUUCUUCGUGGCGCUACGUUACGAAACACACCCUGGAUUCACGGUGUGGUGGUGUUCACUGGUCAUGAGACUAAACUUAUGCGGAACGCAACUGCCACGCCCAUCAAAAAGACCGCCGUUGAGCGCAUGCUUAAUCGUCAAAUCCUUAUGCUUGGUGCAAUUCUCAUCAGCUUGAGUAUCAUAAGCUCUAUUGGUGAUGUUGUUGUCAGAACAACCUCGUCAAAGAAUCUUUGGUACUUGUAUUACGGUGGCUUUAACGGAGCUCAACAGUUUUUCUCCGACCUUUUGACUUACUGGGUUCUAUACUCCAACUUAGUCCCCAUCUCCCUCUUCGUCACUGUAGAAUUGGUCAAGUAUUCCCAGGCAUUCUUGAUCAACAGUGACCUGGAUAUCUACUACGAUAAAACGGAUACUCCUGCCAAUUGCAGGACAUCAUCGCUUGUAGAGGAGCUGGGUCAGGUAGAAUACAUAUUCUCGGAUAAGACUGGCACGUUGACCUGCAACAUGAUGGAAUUCAAGCAGUGUUCCAUUGCUGGUAUACAGUACGCCGAUGAAGUGCCGGAAGAUCGACGAGCGACUUCUCAAGAUGGAAUGGAAAUUGGUAUCCACGAUUUUAAUCAGCUGAGAGAGAACCGUAAGACACACCGUACGCGAAACGAGAUAUCCGAAUUCUUGACGCUUCUUGCGAUCUGCCACACUGUCAUUCCGGAACGUAAUCCAGACAAACCCGACCUCAUUAAGUAUCAAGCAGCAUCUCCGGACGAAGGUGCUUUGGUAGAGGGUGCAGUGAUGCUAGGGUAUCAAUUCGUUGCCCGCAAACCGAAGCUUGUCAGCAUUGAGGUCGAGGGUCGAGAGUUGAACUUUGAUCUCCUGGCUGUUUGUGAGUUCAACUCGACUAGAAAGCGCAUGUCUACAAUCUUCCGCUGUCCCGAUGGUAAGAUUAGGAUUUACUGCAAGGGUGCUGAUACCGUCAUAUUGGAACGAUUGCAUCAGAAUAAUACGGCUGUUGUCGACGCGACGCUGCGCCAUCUUGAAGAGUACGCUGCCGACGGACUCCGAACCCUCUGCCUCGCCUACCGUGAGAUCAGUGAACAGGAGUUCCAGGAAUGGUACGAUGUCUUCAAUACGGCCGCAACAACUGUGAGUGGUAAUCGCGCGGAAGAGCUAGACAAGGCGGCAGAAAUCAUCGAACACGACUUCACACUGCUUGGUGCCACCGCUAUUGAAGACAAGUUACAAGACGGGGUACCAGAUACGAUCCAUACUUUGCAACAGGCAGGGAUCAAGGUCUGGGUCUUGACCGGUGACCGGCAAGAGACUGCCAUUAACAUUGGCAUGUCCUGCAAGCUCAUCAGCGAAGAUAUGACCCUCCUUAUUGUAAAUGAAGAGUCCCGAGAAGCGACUCGUAAUAAUCUGCAGAAGAAGCUUGACGCUAUAGCUGGUCAGCGUGUUGAUCGUUUGGAAACGGACCAAUUGGCAUUGAUUAUCGACGGCAAGUCUCUAACAUUUGCACUCGAGAAAGACAUGGAGACGAUGUUUCUUGACCUUGCAGUCAUGUGCAAGGCCGUGAUUUGCUGUCGUGUAUCACCUCUACAAAAGGCGCUUGUUGUCAAGCUAGUGAAGCGACACAAAAAGGCGAUCCUGCUGGCUAUCGGUGAUGGUGCAAACGACGUAUCUAUGAUUCAAGCUGCUCAUGUGGGAAUUGGCAUCUCCGGAGUUGAAGGAUUGCAAGCUGCACGCUCAGCUGAUGUUGCUAUCGCCCAGUUCAAAUAUCUACGCAAACUUCUGCUUGUGCACGGAUCCUGGAGCUACCAACGAAUCAGCAAAGUCAUCUUGUACAGCUUCUACAAGAACGUCGCCUUGUUCAUGACACAGUUUUGGUACUCAUUCCAGAAUGAGUUUUCAGGACAAGUCAUAUACGAAUCAUGGACGCUCUCCUUUUACAACGUCCUUUUCACGGUUCUACCCCCAUUUGCGAUCGGCAUAUUUGAUCAAUUCGUAUCUGCACGAUUGCUCGACCGGUACCCGCAGUUGUAUCAACUGAGCCAGAAAGGAGUAUUUUUCCGUAUGCAUUCGUUUUGGUCAUGGGUGAUCAAUGGCUUUUAUCACUCGCUCAUACUAUACAUUGCAUCCAUCUUGUUCUUCGCGUGGGAUCUUCCGCAAGGCGACGGCAAAGUAGCAGGCCACUGGGUGUGGGCUGCUGCGCUGUACACGGCAGGCCUGCUCACUGUUCUAGGUAAAGCUGCCCUUUGUGUCAACAUAUGGACGAAGUGGACUGUGUUGGCUAUUCCCGGCUCGUUCGUCAUUUGGAUGAUCUUCAUGCCUGCAUACGCAGAGAUCGCACCAAUGUUACACUUCAGUACGGAGUGGGAGGGUGUCAAUACAAGAUUAUGGAACAGUCCUGUAUUCUGGGCGAUGAUUGUAAUCUUGCCACCAUUGUGUCUACUGAGAGACUUUGCAUGGAAAUAUGCCAAACGUAUGUACUACCCGCAACCGUACCACCACGUCCAAGAGAUUCAAAAGUACAACAUCCAAGACUACAGACCAAGAAUGGAGCAGUUUCAAAAGGCAAUUAGGAAAGUACGUCAGGUGCAGCGUAUGCGCAAGCAACGUGGUUAUGCGUUCUCGCAAACAGACGAGUCACAACGAAGAGUUCUGGAGGCAUAUGACACGACCAAGGAGCGUGGUCGUUAUGGUGAAUUGCGCGAAGCGAAUUCGAACCAGAUUGGUUCGAGAUGAUCUGUUUGUACUGUGUAUGAAAUGUUUAAGCGGGUGAAAGGACAACUUCUGGAUCAUCUUUAGGCGUGUAGGAAUCGCUUGGGACAAAAUUAUGGGCGUUGAGGCACGCUUUUUACGCAGCAUUUAUAACCUUUUUCUGGCAAUGUUCUAAUAUGCCUGCACAAUGUGGCACAUGAAUUUAUGCCAAUGCUGGAAGUGAACGGGAUCUCUGUGGACUCGUGGCAUUGGCUUGCCUGCUUCCGACCGCAAUCAGAAAAUGGAGGGAGUCAAAGCCGAUGCGGCCGAAACCUGAUAAUCUAUACUCAGCCUGGUUUUGACGUGGUUGCUGUUGCUACUCCCAUGGC